UCCUGUUGUUGGCGGGGGCGGGGGUAGCGAUUGUCUGGCGGCCGGCGGCGGUGAUCCUGUGCUUGCGGGGACGCGAGCCGCGCGGACGUCAUGGCGGUGUCCGAGAGCCAGCUGAAGAAGAUGGUGUCCAAGUACAAGUACAGAGACCUAACUGUACGUGAAAUUGUCAAUGUCAUUACUUUAUACAAAGAUCUCAAACCUGUAUUGGAUUCAUAUGUUUUUAAUGAUGGCAGUUCGAGGGAACUAAUGAGUCUCACUGGAACCAUCCCUGUGCACUAUAGAGGUAAUACAUACAAUAUUCCAAUAUGCCUCUGGUUGCUGGACACAUACCCAUAUAAUCCCCCUAUCUGCUUUGUUAAGCCUACUAGUUCAAUGACUAUUAAAACAGGAAAGCAUGUUGAUGCAAAUGGGAAGAUAUAUCUUCCUUAUCUCCACGAAUGGAAGCACCCACAGUCAGACUUACUGGAGCUUAUUCAGGUCAUGAUUGUGAUAUUUGGAGAAGAGCCUCCAGUGUUUUCUCGUCCAACUAUUUCUGCACCUUACCCAUCAUAUGCAGCAACAGGACCACCAAAUACCUCCUACAUGCCAGGCAUGCCAAGUGGAAUCUCUGCAUACCCAUCUGGAUAUCCUCCCAAUCCCAGUGGUUACCCAGUCUGUCCUUACCCUCCUGGUGGUACAUACCCUGCCACAACCAGCUCCCAGUACCCUUCCCAGCCUCCUGGUACUACUGUUGGUCCCAACAGAGACGGCACAAUCAGUGAGGACACCAUCCGAGCAUCUCUCAUCUCAGCAGUCAGUGACAAACUGAGAUGGCGGAUGAAAGAGGAAAUGGAUCGCGCCCAGGCAGAGCUCAAUGCCUUGAAACGAACAGAGGAAGACCUGAAAAAAGGUCACCAGAAACUGGAAGAGAUGGUUACCCGUUUAGAUCAAGAAGUAGCUGAAGUUGAUAAAAACAUAGAACUUUUGAAAAAGAAGGAUGAAGAACUAAGUUCUGCUCUGGAGAAAAUGGAAAACCAAUCUGAAAAUAAUGAUAUUGAUGAAGUUAUCAUUCCCACAGCCCCGCUAUAUAAACAGAUCCUAAAUCUGUAUGCAGAGGAAAAUGCAAUUGAAGAUACUAUUUUUUACCUGGGAGAAGCAUUGAGGCGGGGAGUAAUAGACCUGGAUGUCUUUUUGAAGCAUGUACGGCUUCUGUCUCGUAAACAGUUCCAGCUGAGGGCGCUAAUGCAAAAAGCAAGAAAGACUGCCGGUCUUAGUGACCUCUACUGACUUCUCUGGUAUCAGCUGGAGGUGGACCUCUUCUUAAAGCAUUCUUUUCUUCUCUUUUUUUCUCUUAUCAGUAGGUACCCAGAAUAAGUUAUUGCAGUUUAUCAUGCAAGUGUAAAAUAUUUUGAAUCAAUAAUAUAUUUUCUGUUUCUUUGGGUAAAACUGGCUUUUAUUAAUGCACUUUCUAUCCUCUGUAAACUUUUUGUGCUGAAUGUUGGAACUGACUAUGCUAAAUAAAAUUUGUUGCAUAA